UAUCUAAAAAAUAUUUCAUAUAAAUGUCAAUCAGCUUACAUGUUUUUUUUUAUAAAUUUUGAAAACUAAAUUUGGAAAUUAUUUGUCCUUUUUCUCAGGGAAACGCUUUUGGAGAUUAGUGAGAGAAAAUACUGCCAGAUAUAGAGACCGGGAACGUAUAUAAGGUGCUAUAAAAUAUCGUUUCGAUACUUACUGCAUAUGUCCCCGAAACAAAUACUAAGAAAUCGUCCAAUUUAUAGUAAAUCGUCUACCUUGAUAGUAAGGUUUAACAAGCAAUGUGGUCACGCCGGUCCAUAAGCCGUUCUUCAAGAAAAAAAAGUAAGAUUUUUCACUCAAGGAUGCACAUCAAUAAUGUUGUUCCCUUGCUUAGAAGGAAACCAAAUUUAUUUUAUAAUCGUAACGAGUAUUUUCCUUAUUGGUUUAACUAGUUUUGCCGCCAUUUUUUCCGAUGUAACACAUAUCCUCAAUGUAAGCGGUAGUCAUUUAAUUCAAUCACCUCAGUACCUUUGGUUGCGAAAAUAAAACGUUUCAUUGAUCAACGUUAUAAAAAUCAAAUGAAACUAACAAUCAUCCGGAAGAUAAAGUAAUAAUAACAAAUAACACACCCUCCAACGGGUAUAAAGAGAGAAGGGGUGGUUUAUGCUUCGCGCCGGUAAGGGAAGAAGAAGGGAUGAAGGUUCAGCUCGUUCAGCUGGUCUCGUUCCGCUUCGAUAAAACGGACAUGGACGUGCACGGAGACGCACAAAACACACCACCGAUCGUUCCGUUUCCGAGCAACGGUGUGCGCUGCCAUUCGAUUGGGAAAGAGUGCCCCUUUGUGGCUUCCAUUUGUUUACCAUCGGUCGAACCGGUAGGACCAUCAUUGUCGUCGUCGUCGUCGUCGUCGGUUUAGUGAUAGUUUUAGUUGUUUGCCUCUUUAUAAAUUGUUCGUGGGCCACGUGCCAUGUGGUCAAACUGUCCACCGAUUUUCCACCGGGAAUGCCGAGAAGCAUUAGGGCUAAUCGGUUAAAUCCGAACAAUAGCAGAACGAGCCAGAAUGUGGAUGAGAAAGGCCUUAAUUUUGUACCUUUGUUUCAAAGCGUUGUAAAGUAAUGUUCAACAGUGAAUUGUGGUUUUGUUUAUUAGUAGAAAUGCCAUGAAAUAAAGUGCGAACUAGUGUUUUCCAUUAUUGAACAGUGAAGAAGUGAUUAAAAAUAUGUCUCAGAACAGGUGAAAAAGUGAAGUGUAGAUAAAAAGCAUAAUUAUUACCAAAACAAAUGCACCCAAAGUGUUAAGUAAAAACAAAAAAAAACAUAAAGUGCCUUUCCAUUCAACAAUCGUACCAAUAGGAUCAUCUGAAUUGUGUUAAUGAUAAGGAGUGAAAAUUAAAAACACCUUCAAACGGAGCAUCUGCACACGAGAAGAAGUUACAUGGAACGCACGCUAGCCAGCGGAACGAUGAUCGGAUGCUGAUCGUGUACACCGUGUGCGAUCGAUUGUACCAAAAAUAUCGCCCCCUCUCCCCCCCCACCCACCGGUAAAGGGCUGAUUCGGCCGGUUUAACAGUUGUAAUCGAAGCAACAAAUCAAGCUGCAGCUGGUUCAGUUCGUUGUGUCUAAUGAGCGAAAGCAUCCACAGCACGGUAAACAACCAACGCCGGUCCAGAGUGUCGUCGGAGUGAAACCUUGACGGUUCGAGGGGAGAAGCCUACCACAACCACCAACAUUACCCGUCCGGUGGUUUGAUAAUGAUGCAAGCAAAACGGUGCCAACGCGCGUGCGUUGCGUGUCUUAUCGGUAUUUUGAUCGUCUUUAUGCAGGCGAUACCAGAAACACGUGGGCAGGAUAAGUACCUGGUACAAGUCUCAUCACCAUCAACAUUAGCUGGUAUUACAACUCCGACGACGGUGGUACAACUUAACACGCAGAGAACUGUACCGCAUACUGUACGUCCGCCAGCAGCAGAAGAACAACGGAGCAUAUUAACAGAACCCGCAGAACCGGCAGAGAAUAGUUUCACAUCGGAAGGUAGCUUCAUUUCCAACGAAGAUGGUACCGACUAUGAUACCUCACUAUCGGAGCAUGAUCUUACAUCGGCCGACACGUCCAGCUCGCUUGAAGUAAAGGAUGGAAGAAGUCUCGAAAGUGCUGAAGAUCCUUUACAAUCAUUGGCGGUAACGAAUCUUACCACCGACAGUAAUGAGGAAGAAAGGAAAGCGAAUAAGUUGGAAGAAGGGAAUGUUUCAAAUACGUCACCACACGAUGAUCAACCGGUUACGAUCACAUCUCCUGUGAUGGUCAGUUCUACCACCACCACAUCAAGUGAUAAUACGGCCGAAAGCACAGAAUCAAACUGUCCCGAGCGUCCGUUUAUAGACAUGUCACGCACCGAGAACCGAUCACCCUAUCAUCAUCAGCGGCAGAUGUUACGACGGACACGUGCAGACCGGAAGGAACGCACCUCAGAUGCAACGGUUCAGUUGCACAGUGCACGUAGCGGUGCAGGACAAGAACCGAUGGGGGAUGAGAAUGAAAGUGUAGAACUGUAUGCGGCACAGUACGGUUACCGAGUCUAUCGGCUGGAAGGUGACCUGAUGCUAACGCUUAUUGUUGAAUCAGAUGAUUUUGGAGCAACGCUAUUCACGAUUGAUCGCAUUAAUGACCUUCGGCUAGUGACUGGCAGUGGCAGGGGAAACACCAGCAUGGGUUUGAACAUAAUUCAUCUGCUAAAUAACACGCUCAGCCAACGAACGCUUCAGCAGGAAGUAAAUGUGCUGAAGGAAUGCUCAACGAAUACGAUCGGUAUCUUUGUCAGUUCACGCUUAUGGCCCUCCGUACGACUGCUGUCCGAAACGCUCGACUACAACAUAUAUCCGCUUCCAUCGACCAACGAACUGCUGUUUACGAAAGCCGCCCAUCUGCUGUACGAACUGCCCUGGUCGAACGGGAACUCAUCGGCAAUGGUUUACUCCGGUUCGAAUGAACUGUCAACGCGAUUCAGUACCAUCUGCCGCCAUGAACAUUUGUGUUUGGAAAAUUAUCCUAGCAGCGAUACAAUUUACAUUCUGCUUGGACUGGAACCGGGUAUCAGUUUUGCGGUGAACGGUACACUUGUGCUAGUGCUCACGGGGAGCGAUCGUCUAUAUCUUCCUGAUCUUCCAAAUGGGGCGUACGUGAUAGCGGAAACAGAACUGAACGUUGCAUCGCUCGGAUACUCCUGGGAGCGCUACGGUACUAGCUUUCGCGGUUCGGAACUGCUAGCGAGUGGUAGUCUCCUUCUCGAGGUAAUCGAUCUUCUGAAUCGUUCCGGAAGCGAUUGCCGAAACGCAAGCAUCGAGUGUAUGAACAAUUGGAAGUAUCAUGCAAAACGAUCAACACCGGAGGUACUGAACCGUCUCCAGCUGAAGAAUGCCACACAGUCGAUCAAGUUCGAGUUACGUCAGAAGCGAAUUAACGCAAUCCCGAGCGUAAACCGUACGGAGGGCGUGCAAGAUGAUCAUCCGGACGACAACGAGCUAAAGUUAAUUGCUAGCUCUAAUGCGAUCACUAACUACACGACCGUUUAUGAGCGACUAGCGACGAAUGUGGACGUACCGUCGAAGCUGGGUACGAUUUUUUACUGUGCGAAAGAGUUUGAAAUUCGACAUCCGGACUUUAUCGAGCGGCAUCAUCGUCCCGUGUACUACGGCGCAGUACCCGAUGCGGAAGAGUACGGCGAUAUGUACUGGCAGAUCAAGAUGGAGGCAUGGGUAGCAGCAGGUUUGACGGUAUCAUCCUUAGGCAUACUGCUCUGUGCGGCUAUACUGAUUUUCCUGAUCGUUCGCGUCUGCAUGGAUGACAUUCUAGAGGGCCAUCCGUUGGGGAGCAUCUUGCUGUUGGUGAGCUUGAUACUACAGUUCGCUGCUUUCAUCCCGUUCAGUCUCGAAUACACGGGAUAUACGGCGGAUCUGGCGGGCCACCGGACGGACGCGAUGCUGACGUGGAAUGCACACUGUACGGUGAAGAUCUUCCUCGUGUCCAUGUGCUACUGUAUGACAUUCUCGUUGCUGCUGUGCCGUGCGAUCAUGCUUGCCUCGAUCGGUAGCGAAGGUGGUUUCCUGUCGCACAUUAACGGCUACAUCCAGAGUGUCAUCUGCGGGUUUAGCACCCUGGUUCAGCUCGGACUCUCGACGCAGCUUGUGAUUGUAUUGCACGCGAACGCACACAGUAUCUCCUGCGGUGAAAUAUACUACGGACACUGGUUCUGGGCGGUGAUAGCGUACGAUGGAGUGUUGCUGGUGUCGCUCAUCUUUCUUGCGCCGUUUAUCUUCCGCUCGCAACGCAACUACCGUGAGGGAUUGCUGCUUGUGACGGGAUCGGUAUUGUGUUUAGUAAUAUGGACGGUUUGGAUACCGCUGUGUAUGUUUGGCUAUGAGUGGCGUGAAGCUGCCAUCUCGCUAGGAUUGGUUGCUACCGCACUGGCGGUACUGGUUGGCAUUAUGAUACCACGCUGCUUCCUGAUGGUACGCAGUAUCGCGCGUUCGGAUCUGGUCCAGGCGCUUCCUUCGCUCACCUCACUAGCAUUUGCUCAAGCUAAUCAAUUUAUUUCGGAUCAGAGCGUAUAUGAAUGUGUUAAUCCAGCAAUGCGACAACGAUCACCGACGGACGAUAGUUUCGUUAUGGAUCAGGACCUUGAUGAGGCAUACUCAGCCAACAGUGAAAUUCCAACACUACCACUACGAGGUCAGCGACGGUUACGGCAGGAAAAUGGAACCAUCACCAUGAGCACUAGUAAUGGCACGAUCGGCAACCAUCAUAAUGGCACGAUCGUUUCACCGAUGGAUCGUCCGGGUGGUAACGUUACCCACAUAGCACCCAACUUCUAUGGCAUCACCAAUCCGUACAGCUGUUCCGACUCGUUGACGUCCAUUUCACCGAACAAGAUUACCCGGUUCUAGAAGCUACGGUCACGAAACGAUUGCUUUCCAAUGCAAUAACCACACACUUCGGGGUGCAUUCGUUCGUAAUAUCGGUUCAUACAUUCUAGUCAAACGCAUCCUUGCACCGUACAAAUGGGUGUUUCUGUAUGCGUACGUGUGUGUGUCUUUUUUAACUUUUCACGUGACAGACAAUGUUUCUUUCCAUGUACUGAACUUCGAUUUCCAUUAGUUUUAUCCAAUGAGCUUACGUUAAGAACUAUUUAUUGUACGAACAAAGCGAAUGAAAAUAGACACACGAAAUCUGUACGUUUUCAAA